AUGGCGACCGUGGGCACGCACGACCUCCCGCGACUCUUCGCACCACCACCACCACCACCUUCGUCAUCUCCCGAUGCCGCCGAUCCCUCCUCCUCCUCCACCUCGACCGCAUCACCACCACCACCGCCCUACGAAGCCCCGCAAAUCAUAACACAAGGCGCCGAGGCGCUCGUGUACCGCACGGCGUUCCUCGCGCCGUCGCGGCCGGCGAUCCUCAAGCACCGGCCGGCCAAGCCGUACCGGCACCCGACGCUGGACCGGCGGCUGACGAAGCAGCGGAUACUGGCCGAGGCGCGGACGCUGGUGCGGCUGCGGCGGGAGGGGGUGGCGGUGCCGGGCGUGCUGGCUUGCGAUUGGGAUGCUGGAUGGCUGCUCAUGGAGUUUAUUCCUGGCCAUACGAUUCGCGCGUGCUUGGAUCGGUAUCUCCACGCGGCCGCCAUUGCGUCGACGACGACGACGACAACGACGACGACGGGCGCGGAACAGCGGCUUCCUUCGGCCGUUGAUCAAGGUGGUCGCGAAGGGAUAGGAGCUGCUGCUGCUGCUGCUGCUGCUUCCGCGACGGAUGCCGGGGACUUUCAGGAAGGCAAAGACAGCGUCAUCGACGAGGACGCGGUGCCGGAGCUGUGGGACCUGAUGACGCGGGUGGGGCGCGCGGUCGGCCGCAUGCACAGCGUCGGCGUGGUGCACGGCGACCUGACGACGAGCAACCUGAUGCUGCGCACGGCGUCGGCGUCGGCGGCCGAGGUGGCCGACGCGCAGCCGGAGAAGGCGCUGGAGGGCACGGUGACCAUCAUCGAUUUCGGGCUGGCGGGCGCCACGCUGCAGGAUGAGGACAAGGCGGUGGAUCUGUACGUGCUGGAGAGGGCGUUCGGCAGCACGCAUCCCGCGGCGGAACCGCUGUUUAGGGAGGUGUUGAGGGCGUAUGGGGAUAGCUACAAGGGGGCGAAGGUGGUGUUGAAGAGGUUGGAGGAUGUGAGGAUGAGAGGGAGGAAGAGGAGCAUGCUUGGUUGA